GGAUGGGAUUGGAUUAUUAAAGGAGUGCUUUAAAAUAAUAAGCCAUCCAUCAUGGUCUCUAACAAAUGGAUGGUUCAGAUUGUUAGUUAGACUUAUUUAUGUGCAAACAAUCUGAACCGUUAAUUUUAUAAGGUACUGAUUGGAUGCCUGGAUUUGUCUGAUUUUUGGUUGGUAAGCCAUAGCAUGCCUUCCAGAGCUAACCUCAUUCUCUACAGUUGCAUCUUUAACUCUCCUCUUCUUUUCUUCUCUACAUUUGCAUCUUUCACUGCUCUCUCUCCCUCUCUCUCUCUUCCAUAUCUUCAGUCCUUCCCAUUUCCUAUUUCUAUAACCAUUUGAACUCAAAUUCCUCCCUUCUUCUUCCCAUCUACAUACCAAAACAACUCUCUCCCUCUCUCUCUACCAUAUCUUCAGAGUCCUUCCCAUUUCCUACUUCAAUACCUAUUUGAACUCAAAUUCCUCCCUUCUUCUUCCCAUCUACAUACCAAAACAACUCUUUCCCUCUCUCUCUACCAUAUCUUCAGAGUCCUUCCCAUUUCCUAUUUCAAAUUCCUCCCUUCUUUCCUUCUCUACAUUUGCAUCUCUCUCUCUCUCUCUCUCUCUCUCUCUCUCUCUCUGACCCAUGAAAUUCCUUGCCACUGCAUAUUUCUAAGCUUUCCAGAGCUCUCCCACACAUCAAAUUCCUCCUGUCUUCUCAUCCAUACAUACCAAAAGGAGAAAGAAAAAAGAAGGAAACAUGGUCGAUUGGAUCGUCUCAGCUGCAGUGGAAAAGUUGAAGACUAUCCUCGAAGAUAAGGUAGCUAUGUUGGUGGAUAUUCCUGAUGAGAUCAGAAAGCUUUCCAGCACGUUCACCUCGAUUCAAGCUUUGCUUGAAGAUGCUGAGUCUCGGCGUGUAAAAGACAGAUCGGUGAAGAUCUGGUUAGAGAAGGUCAAAGACGUUGCCUACGAUGUGGAGGACAUAUUGGAUGAGUGGAUGACAGAAGCUCUUAAAUCAAAAGUAGCCGAUGAAGGUGAUGGAUCCUCUCCCAGCAAGAAGCGUAAAGUAAGUAGCAUCCUCUCCCCUGUUACUAAUUACAUCAUUCCUCUCAAGUUACGCCUCGAAAUUGGGAGUAGGAUAAAGGAAGUUAGGAGUAGAUUAGAUGAUAUUGAAAAAGAUAAAAGCCAAUUGUGUCUUAGAGUUUAUAGUGCAGAGAGAGAGUGUGUGGAUAGUGAAGUCGGAGAGCGAGAAACAGGCUCCCUAGUUAACAGAUCAUCAAUUGUUGGUAGAGAACGUGAAAAAGAUGAAGUCGUACACUUGCUGCUGCAGGAGGUAACUGAGGUACCCUUUGUCAUUUCUAUCGUUGGAAUGGGGGGGUUGGGGAAGACCACCCUUGCUCAGCUCGCCUACAACGAUGAGAUUGUCAAGGGGCAUUUCGAGAAGAGAAUGUGGGUAUGUGUUUCUGAAGAUUUCAAUGUAAAAGGGAUUACGAAAUCAAUCAUAGAAUCUGCAACCGGGUCUCGUUGUGACGAUCUAAACCUGGACCUGUUGCAAAGUCGCCUCCAUGAAAUGUUGCAUGCAAAGCGAUUCUUGCUUGUGCUUGAUGACAUUUGGAGCGAAGAUAAUGAGAAGUGGGACAGACUGAAACUUCCCUUCCAAACUGGUGCAUCAGGGAGUCGAAUCGUCAUAACCACUCGUAGUGAAAACGUUUCAUCUGCGAUGGGAAGGGGUCACAUGCACAAACUGGCAGUCUUAUCCGAUGAUGAUUGCUGGUUAGUGUUCUGGUGUAAAGCGCUUCAGCAUCGGAGUACUGAAGAGCGUUCGGCGUUGGAAGAGAUUGGAAGAGAAAUCGUAAAGAAGUGCGGAGGAGUUCCUCUCGCAGCAAAGACAAUAGGGAGUGUCAUGGGCUCGAGAAGGAUGAGAAGGGAGUGGGAGCUCAUCUUGGAAAGUGAUGUAUGGAAUUCACAUGAUGUCUUACAAGGCAUUUUACCAGCUUUGUUACUCAGCUACCAUGACUUGCCUCCUGCUUUGAAGCAAUGCUUUGCUUAUUUCUCCAUCUUCCCGAAAGAUUGGGAGAUAAGGAAGAAUAUGGUAGUCAAGUUAUGGGUGGCACAAGGUUUCAUCCGAAGCAGAGAUAUGGAGGAAACUGGUGGGCUGUAUUUCGAUGAUUUACUAAGACGCUCGUUGCUCCAAGAUGCAGAACUUGACCGUGACAAGAACAUAUUCAGUUGCAAGAUGCAUGAUUUAGUUCAUGAUCUUGCACAAUCUGUUGCAGGAAGUGAGUGUUCAGUGGUGGAGAUGAGGAAGCAAUCCUCAUUGAACCUAAAUAAUCUCCGCCAUUUGUUUUUAAUUGACAGUGAUGACGCAGGUGACAGAUAUUGGGCCACCUUGUAUAAGGCACAAAAGCUGCGGACGUUGCUACGUGACUCAAGAAUCUCCAGAAAGCUGCCAAACAAUUUAUUUCAUCAUUUCAGGCACCUCAGGGCAUUGGACUUGAGUCACACUCGCAUUCAGAAAUUGCCUCCAACAGUAGGAAAAUUAAAGCACUUGAGAUAUCUUGAUUUAUCUUCUACAGAGAUCGAGGUGUUGCCAGAGGAGGUGAGUAAUUGUAGAAAUUUACAGACCUUGAGUCUCAAUUACUGUGAUCGGCUAAGAAAACUGCCUAGAGGGAUGGGGAAAAUGAUUAGCUUGAGACAUUUAGAAAUAGAUGGCACUGGCAUAAAGUACUUACCGCAGGGCAUAGGGAAACUGAGUAGCCUUCGGACAUUAACAAAUUUCAUAGUGGGGGGUGACGAUGAAGGAUGUAAAUGGGGAGAACUGAAACACCUCAAUCAUCUUCAAGGGUGUCUUCUAAUUACUGGCUUCAAAAAUGCAAGGAGCAGAGACGAAGCUAGAGAGGCAGAACUAAAUAAGAAGCAGUACCUUCAUACUCUAACCUUCUAUUACGACGAUGAAGCAUCGGGUGAUGAUGAGCAGAAGAGAACAGAGGAGGUGCUUGAAAUCCUGCAGCCCCACACAAACUUGAAAGAGUUGGAAAUACAAAGCUACGGAGGUUCCAAGCUUCCCAAGUGGACAGAGGAUCCGGUUUUCUCCAACCUAGUCAACGUGACGCUCCGGGAAUGUAACAAGUGUAAACAAUUGCCAGGUCUUGGGAAACUACCAUCCCUUAAAUACCUUCAAAUUUGGGGAAUGGACGAGGUGAGAAAGGUGGGUGGUGAGUUUAGUGGGGAUGAUAAUAAUGAUGGAAGUGGUGGUGGUGUUGUCUCAUUCCCAAAGCUGGAGAGCCUCUCCUUCUACAGAAUGACAAAUUGGGAAGAGUGGGAAUUGAGAGGUGAAGAUGAUGGAGAGGUUAUGCCAUCACUCCUAGAAUUACAAAUAAAAUACUGCCGAAAGCUAAAGGCGUUGCCCAGCAACCUUCCACCGCUCCUCCAGAAGCUGACUUUGUAUGCAAGUGAUGUUGGAAUGUCAUCCGGUGUGCCCUUACCCGUCCUCCCCAACCUUAACCAUUUGGUGAUUCGUGAUAAUGAAGAGCUGACAUCGUUACCAUGUGGUUGGUUGGGACACCUCACCAUGCUUCAACAAUUAAGGAUCGGGUGGUGUCCAGAGUUGACAUCUCUACCAGUGGAGUUGCAACACCUCACCAUGCUUCAACAAUUGGAUAUCUCGAUGUGUCCAGAGUUGAGAUCUCUACCAGUGGAGUUGCAACACCUCACCAUGCUUCAAAAACUGAAUAUCUACUAAUGUCCAGUCUUAGAAGAACGCUGCCGAGAAGGAGGAGAAGAUCGCUACAAGAUUGCCCGCAUCCCCAAUAUCACAUUGGCUCACUUCUAAGAGGAGUUGGAGAGAGAAAUCAACGAUAGCUUUUCAUUUGCUUCUCUUUCCCCAAACUGUGUUGUUGCUGUGUGUGUAACUGCUCUACUUUUUUCUUUUUUUUAUUCUUAGGAUUUAAUUUUAAACAAAAGAUGCUCAUUAAAUGUUUACUGCCUUUUUUUUAUUUGGUUGUUGUUUAGGAGGUCAGGUUGUUUGUCCCCCUCCUAAUGUAAUUUUUCUUUUUUCUUUUUUCUUUUAUUAAUAAAGCUUCUCCGUCA